UGAGAUAUCCUUUGGUCCCUCUUCUCUCAUUCUGAUGGAAGAUUGAGACUCAGCGCAGCUUAUUCUUACCAUCUUCAAUCGGACAGAGAUCUGAGAUCUGUCAAGUCUGGGAGAAGACACCAAAGGGUUCAUUCAGAUCGAUAGCGAUCUUGUCAAAUGGGGCAGAUUCUAGCUAGUCUCAUCGACAGACUCUCGCAGUCUUUUGGGCAGAAGGAGCUCAGAAUCCUCAUGUUAGGCCUAGAUGCAGCAGGGAAAACUACCGUGCUUUACAAAUUAAAGCUUGGGGAGAAAGUCUGCUCGAUACCAACAAUAGGCUUCAACGUGGAAACCGUGCAGUACAAGAACGUCAAUUUCACAGUGUGGGACGUUGGCGGUCAAGACAAGAUUCGACUGCUCUGGAAACACUACUUCUCUGGUACUCAGGGAUUGAUCUUUGUGGUAGAUUGUGCUGACAAAGACAGAAUCCUCGAGGCAAGAGAUGAACUGCACAAGCUGCUCAACGACCCCGAGCUGGCGCACGUCACGUUGUUGGUGCUGUCCAACAAAAGCGACCUUCCGACCGCCAUGUCGGUAUCCGAAGUGACCGACAAGCUGCAGCUUGCAAGCUUGAGGCAGACCACUUGGUACAUUCAAAAUUGCUGCGCCGCAAGUGGAGAGGGACUCUACGAAGGCUUGGACUGGAUGUCUCAGUCCCUCAAAACUGCAACCUAAAGCUCAACCACGACAUUCUCGAGUUAGAUCGUUCCGGCUCUUUUCCAGAUCAAAAGGCAGGCCUGCAGAGGAUGCAUCGUCUCUAGAGGAUCUCAGUGUUAAUUUUGAAGGCAGGCUGAUUCAGUCGCUACACAGUAGAUCACAUUCAUCAUCCUCACCUCUAGAGUUUCUCCAUUAGAGCAUUCCUUCAGCAAUUCCACCCUGCAGCCCAAAAGGCAUGGGUGCACAGGAAUAGCAGUAGUACGCGUUUGAGUCGAAUCAUGAUUCAGCUGUCGAGGCAAUGGAAAUCACGAAGUCCUGCAUACAUAUACAGAUGGGGUGCUCGCAGCUCGGAGCUUUUGUAUCUAGAGUUUAGCUCUAGGAUUCUUCAGGCAGUCCGCAGAAUCACUUCGGUUCUUCUCUUCUCCCCAAUUCAGCUUAUGCAAAUUACAUGUCAUCAUUUUGACUAGAAAAUCCAGUAAACCUGCCGUCGUGCAGGCCAGUGCUCUAUCUGCAAUGCAAAGCUUUUAAAUAAAAGCGUGCGAUGCAAAUGUAGAUCGUAUGGAGUGAAGCGUCAAAUGAGUUUGCACUGGACCUCGCGAGUUC